AUGCUCAAGUCCGGGGCGCACGUGGGGCGGCACAUCCCGGAGUGCGCCGCGUGUCGCGCAGGCACGCGCGGGGGCGCAGCCCCACCAGCACCGCCUCCACGGCGCUGCCUGACGCGGUCCCGGCCAGCCCAUUCCGCGAACCUCGGGCGUCACAGCGUGCUUCUGAACAGGCACGUGUCGCAGCGCCCGUCGUCGCGCGCGCACAGCCGCCAGGCAGACCGCGCGCCCGCACACGCCCAGCUUGCGACGGCGGGCGAAGAUACCAUCGUAGCGGUCGUGACGUCGUCCUCGGCCGGAUCCGUCACCAUCCUCCGCAUAUCAGGCUCGCGGUCCGUGGACGUCGCCCGUCAGCUGUUCCGGCCGCCGGGCGCGGAAGGCGAUCCGCCGGGCCCCGCGCCGGCGUGGGACGGCCCCCGGUCGCACCGCGUGCACUACGGCAGCCUCGCGUCGCCCCGGGACGCCUCCGUGGUCGACGAAAUCCUCCUGCUGUACAUGGCCGCGCCCCGGUCCUACACGCGCGAGGACGUCGUCGAGCUGCACUGCCACGGCGGCCCCGUCACCGCGCAGCGCGCCCUGCAGGCCUGCUUGCACGCCGGGUGUCGCUUGGCGAGAAACGGCGAGUUCACGCUCCGGGCGUUCCUCAACGGCCGCCUCGACCUCACGCAGGCCGAGUCCGUCGCGCAGCUGCUGGGCGCGCGGACCGUCGCGGCCGCGGACAGCGCGCUCGCGGGCCUGGGCGGCGGCCUCGGGGGGGAGAUCUCGCGGCUGCGGCGGACGGCGCUGCAGCUGGUCGCGGAGCUGGACGCGCGCCUGGACUUCGACGAGGACCUCCCCGAGCUCGACGAGGCGGACUUCGUCGCGCAGCUCCGCGCGCUGCAGGAGCGCGUGGGCGAGGCGCUGAAGACGGCGCAGUACGGCCAGCUGCUGCAGUCGGGGCUGCAGGUGGCCAUCGUGGGGCGGCCGAACGUCGGCAAGUCGUCGCUGCUCAACCUGUGGACGGGGACCGACAAGGCGAUCGUGACGGACAUCGCGGGGACGACGCGCGACAUCGUGGACGCAGACAUGGUCGUCGCGGGCGUCCCCGUGCGCCUCCUCGACACGGCGGGCAUGCGCGACACGACCGACGUGGUGGAGAGCAUCGGCGUGGAGCGCUCGCGGAAGGCGGCGCAGGAGGCCGACGUGGUCGUCGUCGUCGUGGACGCCGCCGUCGGGGUGACGCCGGAGGACCGGGAGAUCAUGGAGCCCCUGUGGGGCGCGCGCGGGCCGCCGGUCAUCCUGGCGUGCAACAAGGUGGACCUGACGCAGGGCUUCGAGGCUGCGUCGUUGCCGGCCGAGGUGCGGGAGAGGGUGAGGGAGGUCGUGCUGACGUCGGCGGCGAUGGGGGAGGGCGUGGCGGUGCUGGACGCGGCGAUGGCGCGGCUGAUCGGCGCGCCCGGCGCGCAGGGCGUCGGCCAGGGCGUCGGGUGGGCCGUCAACCAGCGGCAGGCCGAGGCCCUCACGCGCGCCUCGGAGGCCACGGGGAGGUGCCUCGAGGCCGUCGCGCAGGGCCUCCCGCAGGACUUCUGGACGGUGGACCUCCGCGACGCGGUCACGGCGCUCGGGGAGGUCACGGGCGACGAAGUGGCGGAGGAAGUGCUAGACGACAUCUUCUCGAGGUUCUGCAUCGGCAAGUGA